AUGCCUCCGCUGCCGCUACCCCUGCUGCUCGCCGCGCUAUCCCUGGCCGCAUGGAUCUGGGGGCUUCUGAGGCGCCCUCCGGGCUUCCCGCCACCUGAGGCGCCACUUGCUAACACUCGUCCGACGUGGUUCCCCCUGUUGGGCAACUACCCUGGCGUCUGUCAGCUGAGCAAGAAACUGGGAUCGCAGUACCAGACGUUCACAUAUCUCGCUCAGAAGUACAAGUCGCCCGUGGUGGGCCUUCGUCUGGGCGGUGACCUAACCGUCAUCGUCUCCACCAGAAGCCUCAUACGAGAGGUGCUGACGCGACCAGAGUUUGAAGGAUGGCCCCAGAACUUCUUCGCCUACCUGCGAAGUCUGGGUCUGAGAAAGGUGGUGGACGGCAAGCUGUGGCAGGAGCAACGUGCCUUCGUGAUGCGUCACCUGCGCUCACUGGGCUUCAGUGGGGCUCAGGUGGGGAAGGAAGUGCGUGCCCUGCUGGACGUACUGAACAACAGCCGUGGAAGGCCAACACAGCCAAUAAGCUGUUGGCGCCCUCCGUGCUCAACAUCAUCCUCCAAUUCUGUGCUGAAAAUUAUUGAAACCCAUAAGGCAACACAUACGCGUGGGAAGAAGAGUGAUCUCAUAGACGCACUUUUGUCCAAAAUGGCAAAAGCAAAAAAGGAACAAAAUGAUAACACAACAUUUACAGAAAGCCAGCUCCUCAUUUUGUGUUACGACAUGUUUACUGCUGGUGCAGAAACGACAAGCAACUCUCUUCGAUUUGCUUUCCUUAUGAUGUUACGGCAUCCUGACGUCCAGGAACGAGUGCACAAAGAGAUAAAAGAAGCAGUUGGUACUGACAGACUUCCAACUCACGAGGACAGAGACAGGCUGAAAAAUAAUAUCAACAAAACUGGGAAGUUUAGAGACGAUGAUGCGUUCUUACCAUUUGGUCUUGGUCGUCGUCGAUGUUUGGGAGAGCAUUUGGCAAAAUGUUGUUUAUUUCAAAUGUUUACCGGAAUCUUGCAAAAAUUUCAACUUCUUCCAGUUGAUGGUACUAGCCUGAAGUACUCUACUCUUGAGGGCGUUACUCUUGCACCAAAAACUUGUGACAUUAUUUUCAAAUCUUGCUAA